CGGGGCAGAGGCCGCCCGCCCGCCCGGGGCUGUGGCCGCCCGGCCAAUGGGAGCGGCGCUUGUUGGCGGGCCGGGAGGUGGCGGCGUUGCCACAGCAGCGGCGCUCGGAAACCGAGCCCAGCCCGAGCCGGCGGUCGGGGCGCGCCAUGGAGGGGCUGGAAGGUGAGGUUACAGUGCAAACUGGAGAUCUGUUGCCAUGUAAGAUCUGUGGAAGAACUUUCUUUCCAGCAGCGCUGAAAAAGCAUGGACCCAUUUGCCAAAAAACUUCUGCCAAGAAAAGGAAGACGUUCGAUUCCAGCCGACAGAGAGCAGAAGGAACUGACAUUCCCACAGUAAAACCUCUUAAGCCACGGCCAGAACCACCCAAAAAGCCUUCUAACUGGAGACGAAAGCAUGAGGAAUUUAUAGCAACUAUACGAGCAGCCAAAGGACUUAAUCUUAAAGAUGGAAAACUCCCUCCACCACCUCCACCAUCAUAUGACCCUGAUUACAUUCAGUGUCCAUACUGUCAGAGGAGAUUUAAUGAAAAUGCAGCUGAUAGACACAUCAAUUUCUGUAAGGAGCAAGCUGCACGUAUUACUAAUAAAGGGAAAUUGGCAGCUGAUACCAAAGGGAAGCUUCCUGCUCGAACACAGUACAAACCUGCUCCAGUUAAGAAGAUGCCUUCUGUAGGAUCAACACCAUCACCAUCAUCACGCUUACCACAGCCAAGUGGUGUUAGCAAAACUGUUGUAGGUGCCUCUUCAAGUAAAUCACCAUCUUCAUCUGGAUCCAGUGGGAGCAAAAUUCAGACAUUAUCACCAGCUCAUAAAAACUCGCUGGGAAUGGUGAACCCACAAGCAGGCAGUAAGAUGGACAAGUUAGGCCCACCACUGCGACCGGGAAGAGAUGUGCAAAGGUUUUAUGACAAUGAUACAAAAACAGACAGUACCAUCAAAAGGCCAAAUGAGUUGUUACCUGUAAAGAAAGGCGCAACAAAAACCCGAACAUCAACCCCUCCUAGUGUGGCAAGAGCCAUGAGCACGGGUGCUUUAACAAACAGAAGAAAAACUAGCAAUUCAGAUACUUGCUUAAGGUCUGAUGGGAAAACUGGGUAUGACACUGGAGACUCCCCAUCCUCAGUCAAUGGAGGAAGUGCAAAAAGCAGUGAAGGAAUUUCACCUGUACACUUAUCGAAGUUCUGCCAUGAAUGUGGAACAAAGUAUCCAGUGGAAUGGGCAAAAUUCUGUUGUGAGUGUGGAAUUCGAAGAAUGGUUGUGUGAACACAUUCUUUAAAGCAGAAAGAAAACAAGAAAUUGGAACACCUGCUAUGUACUGUUGCAUGGAAAGCUUGAGCACUCCAUCCAGUUAGACUUAAUGCUGCAAACGUCGAAACAUCAUUUUGUAAUUUUCUGAGUGCAAUCCUCUGGUUACACAGUUAUUUAUAAAUGAUAUAUACUGUAUAUAAAAAUAGCAGCUGUCUAAAACUGUGCCAUUCAAGGAAAUACUCUUUACUCUUUGUUGAAAAUAUUUAAAACUAAGGUAAAAACGCAUUAAAUAACCUAAAUAGCAGAAAAGGUUGAAUGUUUGUUUUUUUUUUGUAAAUCCUACUAGGCAAAGGAUUUUUUAAAUCUCUUAUAUAGGGUAACACUUACCUAUGAGGAACUAGCCAUGAACAACUUGGGCUUCAAAUCUUUCUCUGUGGAGGCAUUUCCUUCAUCUGUGACAGUAAUUUAGAUGCUGUGUUCUAAGUGAAAAGAGCAUGAGCAACAUCUUAUAAAUUCCUAGAUGAAAGUGUGAAAAGUUUGGCUCUUUAAGCUCUUUAACAGUGAUAUGCUAAUUGGACUUUACAGUUGCUUCCUAGGGUUUUUUAAAGACUCAAAGUGGAAAGACUACCUGAGAAUUCUCUUUGCAUCUAAGAAGAAAGGCAAGAUUUUCUUUUUGUGACUUUUCAUGUUCUGUUUUUCAGUAAAAACAUUAUUUUUUAAUGUAUUUAUAAAAACAAAUACGGUAUUAAUUUUAUUAUUAUUCAUUUUAUUAAGUUCCUUUUGUUUUGAAAUACUUGUCUUCCUCCUCCUGUGCUCCACCAUGACUAGCAUAUCUAAAGGUGUUGUGCAUUGUCUUUGUCCUGUUUAUAAAGGUCCUGCUCAUUUUUUUUUCUUUUCCUCAUUUCUUCAAGGAGAGUCAGUCUUUGCUUAUUCUACCUAAAUGUUGAACUAUUAUUUUGAAUACAGCCUUCUUGAUGUAUCCAAUACCAAAAAAAAAAGUUGUAUAAAAAUGAAUGCUAUUAGAGCAGUAGAUCUUGAUGUAAGUAGUGAGUCUUUUUUAUUCUUAUACACAUAUGAAUGCAUAGGGAAUUAACUGUGCUUCGCUCGUGUAUGUGUCAAUACCUGACUUUUUUUUUUUCUUUUUCAAUUGUGUAUUCCUGGUCCCAAAACAGCAGUCUCUUCAAGUUAGUAAUAGACUUCACAUCAAUCCAUUGAGAAGAAGGGAGAGGCUCAAAGUUUUUUGAUGUUUUACUUAUUACACCGUAAAUUACUAAAUUACACAUUUACUAAUAAAACCAUUCACGAGCCAAAUCACUUAGCUUGUAUCUUAUUAUAGUAAUUUAUUUAAUGGAGUUUUGCUUUGAAGUACUUGCACCAUCUUCAUUAUGCGUGAUAGAACAAUCUGAAACAAUUUAACUGUGCCUUUCCUACAAUAAAUACAUUUUUGUCAGAAACUGGUACUUUCAGCUCACAAGCACCAUUAGUUUCAAUUCAUUUAAUUUCUUUACAACUUACACAAAGUAUAAUGUAGUGUUCCAUGUAGUGUUCCAUGUAGUAUUGUGGUUGUUGCUUGCAUUCUCAAAAAUUGUGAUUAACAAUGAGGCCAAUUUGGGAGAAACUGUGAUUUAAGAAAAGCAUCUUUAAAGCAGAUACCAGUCUAAAAGAAUGAGCAAUUUAAGAGACUUGAUGUAGUUAUGUUGCAGGCCACAAGCUAUUGAUGUUUUAAAAUUAGUUCAGUGAAUGUCUUGCACGUUUUAUACAUUUUUUUUUUUUUUUAAGAAAUUAUACUUCAUUCAGUGUAGUCUUUUCAUAAGAUAAUUGGUGUAAACUGGCUACGAGCAUGAUCGGAAGGAUGACUGGUAAUGAUAAUUAGAACUGACAAAUCCUAGCCAGUUUAUUUUCUAGGAGUUUAGAUUCUAGGAUCCAUAUUAUGGCACAUUCAUGUCUGUAUUUGGAAAAACUGGAACUCUGCAUUUUUUCCAUAGAUAAACCUGCUUUGGAAAACUUGCCCUGGACUUGGGCCAUGGACAUUUGCAGACUGAAGUAUUGGACCUGGGAGUCCAUCAGCAAAGAUACCAGUCCAGAAUAGGUUUGAUCAGAUAGUGAAUCUACUCUUAGCUGAUGAAUUUGCAGUUGUUUCUGCUGGAAAACGCAUUUUUCCACUUAUUAAACUUGCUUUCUACAAAGGGAAUAUUUAGUAUGGCACUUAACACCUUUCAGAUUUUCCAGGACUAUAGUAACAGUAGGAAAAAACAUAUUGACUCUUUCUCCUUUGAAUUGUAGGUGGCAGAUUUCCUAAUUUCAAAUCAAUACUCAUACAGUUCCUGUAUUUUCUGCUUUGUGAGCUGUAUGUGAAAUUUUUUGCUUUCAGUGCAGCAUUUAGUAAAUUACUUGAGUGGCACGUCAUUUGUUUGAUUUACACUUACGUGAUUUAUCAUGAGGAUUAGAUAGGGAAUUAACCUGAACAGAAAGAAGGGUUUUUAAAACUGAUCUUUUAAUUUGGCCCUACAAAGAAAGUCUAUGAAACAUAAUUGACUGUUGAGAGUAACACUGGAUAAUGUGUGUGUGUUGUAAUCCACAGUAAAUAUAAGCAGACAAUGAAGUUCUUUUUGACUGUGUAGUUUGGUGCUGUAUGGUAAGACUUAUGAGAGGCCCAAUGUUUUGUGUCUGUCAGCUGGUUUUGUUAGUGAAUGACAUAGCUUUCUGAAGUCUGUGUUGUUACAGACCCUAGCCUGUAUUGCUCAGGGUAUCAGCACAGAUCAUUGUAAUUCCAUCUCAGUGGAUGUUCGUACAGAAUAGUGGAUUUGUUUUUGUAACGUCCCUGAAGAACUGAAUGUGGGAAACAAAUUUGUUAUAUUUAAAGAAAAAAAAAUUCAGGGAAUUGGACUGAAUUUUCAAUCUUUAGUGUAUUAUAUGUGUCAAGAAGUUCCCAAAUUUAAUUUAUUGGUGAUCUACAUCCUAACCCUCUUGCCCUAGUCUUUUCCACACCCAUAUGCCUUGGUUUUCAUGGGAGGAAAAAAACAUGAACUAUGCACUGUCUGUUUAUAGUGAAAUUUAGUGAUGCAAUUGUUGUGAUGAUUCCUAUACCUAUGUAUAACCCUAUGACAGAUUUACUGUCUGCCAUUUUAUCUUCCAAAUGUUCUUACUAAGGUUCCUCCAUUCAUUAAAGAAUGGGGAGCAGGCGGAAGGGUCAAAGGAAAAAUUCCAUUUAAAGAAACAAGGAAGAGGCUGGUUUUGAUGUUUGGCCUGAGGGAGUUUGCAUUCUCUUUCUACUUUUGUGAUUUUUUUUCUUAUACAAAGGACCUCUCUAUGCCAGGAAGUAGUGCAGGAUCACCGGAGCUAUGCUGAUAGAAGUGCAAUGGAGUUAUGAAAAAUGCUAGCUUCAGUAGUAGAAACAGCAUAGCACAAAGCUUAAUCUCUGUAUGAUGUACCUUACACAGGGUUAUAUUUAUGCAUGAUGCACACACCCUAGGUAGUUUGAAAACUGGAAUCUCUAAAUAUACAGCAAUUAAAAUAUGUAUUUAUAUGAAUAAUUAAUUUUACACACCACUGCAGGAAGGUGGGCACAGGGAGGUGCUUUACCCCCAUUUCAGGUUGUAACUAUGAAAGGAACAUAUAGGCAGAAUUUUUCAAGUUUGCCAAAGAGAGUCAAAGAGCCCUUGAACUCCCUGGAGGGAGUGGGAAAGCUCCCCCUCAGAGUUCCCUGGCCAGGAGGGCAGCAGGCCGGGGGAGCUCUCCAUGGUGCUCCGGCACUGAGCCACUCCCGCAGGGCUGCGGCAGCGGCUGCUCCAGCGUGGCCACGCGUCCUGUGCCUUCACAGGAUGGGAGCUCCAGAUCCUAGUGUAGCACCUCAGCCAGACUUUAUGCACCGUGGAAGUUCUCUGUCAUCUGCAAGGGACUAGCUCCUAAUUCACCAUCACACCUGAGAGCUGGUGCCUGAAAUGCAGGGAGAGCAUUCCCGUGAUGUCUGCUUACCGAAUCAGUGGAAGGAGGUAUGACUGCAGUACUUCAAUUAAACAAGAUAUGUGCACACUGAUGUAGACUAUAUAAAUAGUCUGCAUAUAAAAGUAAAUGGUACUGUCUAUGUUUUACAAAGUGCUAGUUUCCAUCACUAAUAUACAGAGUCUGAGUGUUUUUAAUCUUGGCUGAAAAAAUCUGUGUUUAGUAAGAGCACUUUUUUAAAAUUUUAUUUCUAUCCAGUUUGACUAAGCUAUGAAUAGUUAUAUGGGUUGUAUGAGAAGGUAGAAUUUUCAUCUUUGUUAAGAUUUGUUUUAGUGGCUCUGGUGAAAAUAGUUUUAUCGCCUUUCAAGUACAGCUUAUUCCAACUUGUGAUUGUUUUGUUGCUGGUUGGUUUGGUUGGUUUUUGCCAACUUGCUAAGUAAGGUUUGAGUGACCUAAUUGUGUUGUUGGAAGAAGUGUUAGGUAAAAGACUCCAUUAGCUGAAUUCAGUAGUUACUUUGUUGAUAUUUUCAUUCCAGUAUUCACAGAAUAAGAGAUUACUCUUGCAUACUAGUUCAUUUUUUAUUUUGUUUUGGGUUUGGUUUUUUGGUGUUAUGCCAGUCCAGAAUAAUACACAUUUCUGGCGGAUCCUAUUUAGUCCCAUUCCACUUUAUCUUGCCAGAAAACAGCUUCUUCAUAUUUCCUCUUAAUAAGUGUUCAUUCUUUAUAAAAAUGAACAGUAGAGAAAUUAAAUUUCCCCAAUUUAAACAUCUGAGUCAGCAAAAUCAAAUACUCAGUUUAAUAUAGCUGAAUACUGAACCCACGUUCUAAACAGAAGUGCGUGGUUUACCAUAGUUCUAUAUUUCAAUUUGGCUUUCUGGCAGAACCGUGAAUGGAUUUGGGUGGGAUCUGUAAAGUGCUGAGUACACUACAACUGUUACAAAACCUACUUGGUGUGAUUGCUCUAACUCUUGGUGUUCAUCCUUCAUAUGACACUUAAUAUGUUUCUCUUCAUAAGUUUAUUUAUUAAUGUUCUGUGUUUUUAAAUGUUCAUUCAUGUGUUGGAAGUGAUUAAUUUUUUCAGCAUUGCAUUUAUUAUGUUUGCCUUGCCCCUCAGUACAUGGAAUAUUUGUUUGUGACCAUCCAGUGAGGUUUUUUUUUGCCUGAAUUCCUCUGUUUAUUUGCCUCUUAUUUUGUAUGUUUAUUUUAAAGUGUCAUUCUGUUUAAACUAAUAAAUGUAAAUCACCACCUAAUGCUAUUUUGCCACUUGUUAACAAUAAAGCAAGUAUACCAAUAAAA